AUGGCCAGAGGAAAUCAAAGAGAGCUUGCGAGACAGAAAAAUCUCAAGAAGCAGCAGCAACAGAAGAGUAAGAGGGACGGAGACCCAGUGAAGAAUAAGGAGAACGACGCUGCUAUUUUGCGAGAGAAACAGGCAAAAGCGGAUGCAAGAAAGGCAGCUGAGGCAGCUGAAAAGGCCAAGAAGAAAUAG